AUGAACAACCAGGACACGUCCACUUCGUCAUCUGGUGGCGCGAAGAAACGCCGCAGCACCGAGAAUGGGCCGGUGCACAUUUUUGGUGCGGGCGCCUUGGCCGACAUGGACCGCCUCUGCAUGAACGAGCUCUUCUCGGACGUGUCGUUCCUGGUGGAGGAUGAGCUCCUGCCGGCGCACCGACUGAUACUUGCGGCGCGCUGUGAACACUUUCGGAAAAUGUUCGACGGAGGCAUGGCCGAGUCACAGAAGCGCCAGAUUCGCCUGAAUGUGCCGCUGAAGGCGUUCAAGGUCAUCCUGGGCUAUUUCUAUUCGGGCAAGCUGACCGUAGACACACUGGACGAGGAUGCCAUCUUCGAAGUGCUCGGCUUGUCCAUUAGUUUUGGCUUGCACGAGCUCGAGUCGGCACUGGCCAUACAACUGCACGAGAGCCUGUCCGUCGGCAACGUGUGCUCGAUCCUAAACAACGCGGUCCUAGUGAAUCAUGCACAGCUGACCAUGAACUGUCUCCAGUUUAUGGACCAAAUUGCAAAAGUACUGGUAAAACACGACUCGUUCCUAUUGCUAUCCAAGGAGUCACUUGAAGCACUCCUGCCCCGGAACACUUUCGCCGAAGACGAACUGAAUAUCUUCCAAGCAUUGCACAACUGGAGUCGCCACAAUCAGAGCGUGGACAUCAAGUCGCUGGUGUCGCUUGUACGCCUCCCUCUCAUUGCUGUCAAAGACCUGGUGGGUGCAGUGCGCAAAUCGGGAAUCGUCGAGUCGGAAACCAUAUUGGAAGCCAUCGAUAAAGCGAUCGAAUCGUGUAAUCUGCCCUACCGCGCAUGCGCGCGUGUAGGGGUGGAUGUGGCCAAUGGGGCGAGCCGUUUGUUGGUCACCAUGAACGAGAUGGUUCUCAACCUGGGCUGCUGCAGCAUAAUCAAUACUAUUUUUGCCUGUAGUCUCGGAAGUACACUUGUGCUCAAAUACAGCUACGACGUGGAGGUCUCUUGCAACAUGAAGCACUGGGCGGCCGUGGGCAAGUUAAUCUUUCCAUCAUACGCUACAACGAUGCAAAUUCGCUUCGCACCCAUGCCAGUUCGCUUCAUUCGGAUCUCGCAACCAGAUCGUGGACGUAAGGAUAUUUUAAAAGAGGUGUUCCUCAUUGCCACGCUAUUGAACAGGAAUGUGGGGACCCCCAAGUGA